AUGCUCUUCCCUUCUUCUCUCUCUUUCUACUACCACUUCUCUAUUCUUAUUAUCACACUCUGAUUAUUGGAGAGAGAGAGAGGUUAGAGAGAACCCAUCUUGGGUUACACUUUCUUUUCAUAGGAAGCCAAAGUGAGAGAAAGAAAAAGAGGGAAAAGAAAAAAAAAAAAAAAGAGUUUUGUGAAGGAAGGAGGAAGAAGAAGAUUAGAAGAUGAUGAUGUUGAUGAAGAGAGAGAAAGGAGGGCAACAAUAACAAAGAGAAGGGAAAAAAAAAUAUAGUGAAAAUACAUAACAUAGAGAUAGAGAGAGAAAGAGAGAAAGGUCGUUAUUGCAUUUUCUCAUUCACUGCUCACUCUGCACUCUACUGGACCCUCCAGAAACUGAGUUCUUUCUUUCUCUCUCUCUUUCUCUCACUCACAAACCAAAACUUUUUCUUGCUGUGGAAAAAGCCAAAGUGACAGUAGUAGUAGCCACAAUAGCAGCAGCAACAACAGAAGAAGCAGGAAACAGCAGAAACAGAAGAAGAAGAAGAAGCAGAGAAGUUGUUGGUUUCCCUUUGCUUUUUCAUAGAGAGAGAAAAAUCUAAGUCCCUCAUAUUCAUACAACAACAACAUCUACCAAAAACUCUUUCUCUGCCACAGACCCCACAACAAGAAUAACACCCACAUACAAGAUCUAUCUAUCUCUCUACCUUUAUUCAUUCACACUAAGGCUUAUAAUAUAAACAUUUCUAUUAUUAUUUUGUUUGAGACUUCAAACACCUUCAGUUGUGGCUACUACAAGGAGGUUACCUUCAGAUUCUGGUGCUUUUGCAGAUUGGGCAGCCACAUCAUCAUCCUCCGCUGCCCGUCCUGCCCCCGUCGACGACCUCUCCCUCGGCUUCAAUGCGGGCCCCACCGCUGCCGCCACCGGACCCACCGCCGGAAUCUGGCAAAACCAAACUAGGUCUAUUAAUUACCCUGAAAUGGGCAUGUUUGUGGUGGCACCUGCUUCGUCCUUCCACCACCACCACCACCAUCAUCCACCGCAACAGCCUCACGACCCUCUCAUCGCCGGCGAUUCCCUCAACCCCGCCACUGCACUCGGCGUCGGCGUCAUCCCCCUCCUCACCGCCACCCCUUGUCUUGAAUCUGACAACAUCCUCGGGAACCGUACACGAGGUGCUGGAAUUCAGUUUUGGCAAGACCAAUCACCCCAACAAAGCCACUACUUGAAGAAGCAACAGGGUCUUCUAGAACAUUCCGGAAACAUGGUUCAGGGUGGUGGUGGUGGAGUAUCUGCUUCGGGUGGUAGUAGUAGUGGUGGAACUACGUGCCAAGAUUGUGGAAACCAGGCUAAGAAAGAUUGUGCUAAUAGAAGGUGUAGAACUUGUUGCAAGAGUCGUGGCUUUGAUUGCCCUACCCACGUGAAAAGCACGUGGGUCCCCGCCGCACGCCGGAGAGAACGCCAGCUCAUGGUGGCGGCCACGGCCGCGGUUGCUGGCUCUAGCGGUUCAACUUCUGGUACAAAGAAACCUAGACUCAUUGCUUCACAAACUACCACAACUUCACAUACUUCCACUUCUAACACCACUCCUCCUAGGAGCUUUGACACUGGCUCUAGCCAUCAAGAUGCGAGUUUCAAAGAGUCUUUACCUGGACAAGUACGUGCACCCGCGGUUUUCAAGUGUGUUAGAGUGUCACCAAUGGAGGAUGGGCAAGAUGAGUUUGCGUAUCAGGCUGUGGUGAAGAUUGCUGGGCACGUGUUUAAAGGGUUUCUUUAUGAUCAAGGGGCUGAGACUAGGGAUGUGUAUCCAAAUCUAUCUGAAUUGCAUUUGGGUGGUGGUAAUGGUGGAAGUGGAAGUGGAGGGAGUGGUGGUGGUGGAGUUGGGAGAAAUGGGGUCUCUUCUUCAUCACCAAUGAUGGAUCCUUCUGAUGUUUAUGCAGCUUCAGGUGGGGGUUUACUAGGGGGUUCUUCAACCUAUGGCAAUCCAAUAAAUUGAACUGAACUGAACUGUCUUUCCGAGUGCAAGAUAUUAGUAGAUGGGCUUGGAGAGGCUGACGUACGUUGUAGUCUAAAUUUUUAAUUUUCUUUUAGGCUUGUAUCUUUAUUGCACAUGUCACUCUUUCUGCCAUUUUUCAACUUGAUUUUGGUUUCAUUCUUUAUCGCCCAAAUUGCCUUUGUCAUUGCAUGAGAUCAUCAUUGAAUGACAAGGGAGCCUCAUUAUCUAACUGUUAGAAAUAGUGUCUUUUGUAUUAAAUUAACUGAAAGUGCAAAGCAAAGGUGGAUAAAACUUGUUUUACCU